AUGGAUUCUAGGCAGGCUGCUGCGCUGCUGGUGCUGGUGCUGCUGCUGCUAAUAGAUCCCGGCUGUGCUGAAGGGCCAGGAAGCCGUCAGGAAGACCAGCUCUCACAGGAGGAAGACAGUGGACCCCGCCUACCACAGGAUGCCCAGAGCCCUGGGUCACUCUUGCGUUCCCUGCUCCAGGCAAUGGAGAGACCUGGCCGGAGCCAAGCCUUCCUGUUUCAGCCCCAGAGAUUUGGCAGAAAUACCCGGGGAUCCUGGAGCAAUCAACGGCUGAGUCCUCGGGCUGGAGAGGGGCUGCAUUCCCAGUUCUGGAGCCUGGCUGUCCCUCAACGCUUUGGGAAGAAGUGACGUCAUCCCUUGAUGUGUUUGCAUGCAAUGUCCACACCCAAAAGUGCCAACGUGUGCCCCCCAAAUAAAGGUGUCUGAUUUCCGAA